UUCUCUUUUGAUCUUCAUCAUCAAUUGGGUUAUUAACAAACAUCGUGGACUGAUAUCCUCCCCACCUUCAAUCCCACUCCAUACCACCUCAAUUGCAAAGCUUAACCGCUUCCCCUCCGAUAUCCCAUCUCUCUACGAAGCAACAAUGUCGUAUACUACUAGUCCUCAAGGGAAUAGUGUUGGCAGCCGGCCUAGCUGGCAGGACCAGCUUCAGGAUCAUUGCACACGCACCAAAGUGUCUCCUCCUGUCUUCAACAUUGUCUCCGAUCGGCGAGGAGGUCGUACCGCCUGGUCCAGUACCGUCACUGUCCAGGGCCAGAAUAUUGCCGCUCGUUAUUGGUAUGACGGUCAGUUUAUCAACAAUGCCAAAGAGGACGCCGCCGAGGUUGCCCUUAAGACCCUGAAUCAGCAGCCCCGGGCUGCUACUGUCUACCAGGGUCAACUGUUCCCGCAGGCAACGUCGUCCGGCUAUGGUCGCGGAGCCGGCGGGUUCUGA